CGUCAAACCCAAGAUCACAGAGAUUAAAACGCUUUGACUGCGUCACUGUAGUGCACUAUAAUUAUCGAUAAUGACGAUUUUGACGUAAGCCACAUUUUGAUUUAUCUUUAUUGAUCACUCUCCACACAUUUUGCGGUGAAGGAAAACAACUGUCUUAUACAACACACAAAAUCAUAUCCACUGUAAAGAAAUUAAGGGAUUGACAAAUUGACCGCCACUUCACUGACAGAAUAUGUUUAGAUGUACAUAGCUCAAUAUUUUAAUCCUGACUAUUUCCUUCAUAAAUUCAUUUCGCCUAUAUUUUUAUCUAACCUGUCAAACAUAGUUAAAAAUAUUUCACUAAUAAACCCUGUUCAUUGGCCCGCUUGUGCAAACAUCUUAAUCUUAUAAUCUGUAACCCGUAACGACUACAAACUUUCAACUAUUUAAUUUUCCCAAUCUCAUUUCAGAUGUGACAAACAAGUUCAUUUGAUGAAGAAAUUGGAUAACCUCAGGAAAAGUUAAGAACGAAAAAGUACCCAACAGAGUGAUCAAUAUUAUUCUGGUUUUCUGAAGGAAGGUAUAUAAAAACAUGAUUCAGUGAAAAGUAGUUUAGAAAUGACUGAAAGCUGAUGUAAAUAAUGUACUUAAUGCAGUAAAGACAUUUGAGUGAUGUCAGUUGAGGAUUACCCGACUUUAUAUUAGAUAGCUCUCAGUUCUAAACUGUUCUUCCUAUACUUAGCCAUUUACUUAUUCGUCCUAUACUUAGCCAUUUACUUAUUCGUCCAAUAUAACUAUAGAGGAUUAGAGCUGCGCAAACUCCGGUUAUUUUAGCACUCAAUCAUCAGUGGUGUCCAAUAAGAAAAGAUGGUUAGAAUUACGAAACGGAUCGGAGCAAGUAACUAAACUUUAUAGUAACUUCAAAUCAUUCAGCUUAAUUUUUCCAUUACCAAAAGUUCAUUGAAAUAUGAAAUCAUUUUUCAUAAUUUUGUCUGCUGGACUUCUUGCCGGAGUUUUCCAACUCCGGCUAAAUGUAAGCAAGCUCUAUGUAACUCUAUAAAACAGCUCUAUGUAACUACGGGAGGAGAGUUCCCGGAGAAAAACCUACACUGUCCUCAUAAUCACUUGUGAUUCAUGAGAAAUGUAUAGUCCCACCUCAUGAUAUACCAAGAGUUGCAUUGAAGUGUCAUGAUCUUUUUUAGGAAGUUCAGACACAAACCACGACAGUUUAUUAACUUUAUUGUAAAAGACUACCUACACAGAGAUAUCUAACUGUGUUAUUCAUCUUAAAUAUAGGUGCCAACAAAAUGCAACGCAAGGCAGGAUUUUCUCGACUUUCAGUCGUCAAAGAAUCGGAAAACACGAAAAAUCAACCUCGUGCAAAGCUUCAAAACAAAAAGAAGACUGUCUCGGCGCCAUUAGUGAAAUUUCAAAAUCUUGUUUCAACCAUAACUAUGACUCGCGCACUACUCAAUCGAAGUCAGCUGCGCAAACAAAAUACGAGCGGGGACUCGGGCGAGUUUCAUAUGAGUCAUGCUACGUCACCUGACGACGACGAUCGACGACCAGAUACGACACUGACCGAUCCUAGCAUGAUCAGAAGUGAUGUUUUAAGUCGGUUAAAUAUGAGUGAUCACUUCCGGUUUUCAACAAGACCCAAUAGGAAGUUUCAGGUGAGAUAUAUAAAAUCUCGUACCCAGGUCCUUCUCGUGAAUCUCGCGGGUUUAUGGAGAAGAGUCUGGGUUCAAGGUUGACUAGAAUGAGUGCCCCCAUACACCAGAGGUUCACGACCUUGAAAUACCAGUAUCUCUUCUUCAAUUUGAUCUAGGAAAUGAAAGUAUGCAAAGCCAUCAAAGAAGUUUUAGAAGAACGAUUACAAGGUUGUACAUACAACGCUGAAUUUUGUCAGGAGAUUUCUCCAAUCCUAGCUGAUGUUAUUAAGGAACGCGUCAAGAGACUGUUGUUCCCGCGCUAUAAGAUCAUAUGCCACGUGCUCAUGGGUCAGGUGACCGGACAGGGCAUGCGCAGUGCAAGUCGUUGUGCAUGGAAUGAAGAAUUUGAUAAUUUUGCGCAGUAUUGUUACCAGACUCCUACACUAUAUGCAAUCGGGGUUGUCUAUGGUGUAUAUGCUGAAUAGAACCGGAGCGGCAAACUUGAAAAUUCACCAUUCCUUGGCCAAAUGGUUUCUUGUGAUGAACAUUCGAGAUUACAAAUCGAAAUAAACACGAUGUUUGCCACAAAACUUAACAAUUUUACUUUUCCUAACGACACAAGAGUCAACUGUCAAGACAACUUUACUUCGGGUACGACGGGUAACACCAGAUAUUUUACGCUUAACACCUUUGCAAAGUCCAAACAAUUUUGCCCGUCAUUGGGCGAGUGGUUCAUUUGUAUUUUUGAACAUUAUUUUGUACAUGAUUACAGUUAAGAGUGUAUAAUUAAUUAAAAGUAUUCAUGGUCCUGGAUGUUCUAAACCUGGACUUAACAAGCGACCGUCCGAUAUUCAGGUUAUAGGAUGUUCUCUGAGGCAGGGCCGCCCAGAGGUUGGCGGGGGCCCUGGGCAAUUUUUUUUAGGGGCUUUUUCCGGAUAACAACCCCCCCCCCCCCCCCCCCCAAAAAAUUUUCGGUCUGUACCAUUUUAGGGGUAAAAAAA